UAUUUAUUAUUUAACGCCAAGUUCAGAAAAGAAAAUCGAAGGGUAAAGCGGAAAGAAAGAAAGAAAAACAACAGAAACGAGUGAACGGCAUCGGAAAAUGAGCGGAGAAGAAGGUCGUGAGGCCGCCACCGCUACCGUCCCCGCUGCUAAUUCUUCAACAAAGCCAUGGGUGGAGGAAUUGCCGACAAUCGAAAGCCUUAUAGACUCUAAAGACUUAGCGAUUCGCUCUGCUCAAUCCCUUUUCCAUAACUCCUCUACCCAUCUACGCUCUUUCCAGGAUUCUCUACCACAAGCAUCCUCUCACUAUAAAUCCUAUGAAGAUGCUUUUUUCAGCAAACUUAAAGAGGGGGUGAUGAUUGCAAAGGAAAACCCUGGUGCAGCUGUUGGGAUUACUUUGACUGCUGCUCUCUGUCUCAUGCGAGGCCCAAGAAGAUUUCUAUUCCGUAAUACGUUGGGUCGAUUUCAAAGUGAGGAGGCAAAAUUUUCUAGGGCUGAGAAGAAUGUAAAAGUGUUAAACCUAUCUGUUGAUUUGAUGAAAAAGGAGAGCAGUAAGCUGCUUGAAAGGGCAGCUCUUGCAGAAAAGGAUAUGAAACGUGGCCAGAAAGAGCUCAUGAAUUCUGGAGGUCAGAUUCACCGUCUUGCUAAAUCAGUUUACAAGGUUGAGGCUGAAGCUGUAGAUUUGAUGGACGGACUGCGAGAAAUCCCCGGAAGGGAGGCAUUGAAACUACGAGCAGAGGUUGCUUCAAUGGCAUCACUUUUGAGGCAGCAAAGGGUUUCACUUGACAGAAGGAUAAGGAAAAUAUCUGAAUUGGGGAUACCUGUCUGAUACACACUGUGUGGAUCUCUCUUGUUAUAUUUGAUACUAUUUGAUAAGGAUUUUUGAACUGAUGCUGCAUUUUCUAGAUCCCAUGUUACUCAUAGAGAUUAAACUUAAUUCGGCCGAAAUAAUCUAUCAAGUACAAUUGAACUGUGAGUCACUAAAUCAUUUAUAUGUAUGAUUUUUAGAUCAAGGAAUGAGAAAGAAUUCUUUCUUCUUUUUGCUGCA